UUUGGUUCUGGGGCGUCAGGAUUGGAAAAGCUCUGGGCGUCCCUUUUCGAUUGGUCGCUGCGGUCGCCUUGCCAUCCACCGGAGGAAGCAGCACAGUAGCAGCGCCAUCGCCAUCGUGCUUGCCGUCUCCUUCGCGUUUUCUAACUAGCCCUUGUCGAGGUCUAGGGUUCUGUAUUCCCACCUCCUCAUACUCCUUGGGACGCCCUUUCAUCCAUGUCUGCCGCUUGCCGUUCCCUCGCUCUACCUCCGUUGACUCCCCUGCCCUCGCCAUCUAGGGCUCGCAGUUCCCUGAGAACCGUUUCUUCUCUACCUUCGACAUUUGGGCGAUCUUUGUCAGCUUGCAGAGCUCCCAGAAAGGGAUGGAAGACUGCUCGUGUGUCGUGCUUUAUGCACGAGGAGGACGAGGAGGAGACAUCAUCCAGCAAGAGGGAAUUUGAUUUUGUGGAAGUUAAGCAAGGCGGGGAAGUAGGAGAGACUAGGCUGGAAGAAUCAGGGAAGGAGAAAGCAGGUUGGAUUUUGCGAAUUGGGAAGGUAUUAACCAGGAUCUUCACUCUUAAUGGCAAUGGUUGGACAGUACCAUGGACUUUGGAAACAAUUGUCCAAGUAAUGCUUCUUUGGAUCGCAUCGUUCUGGUUUGUGGGAUCCUGGAUAAUUCCAUUCUUGGCUCAUGCAGCUGGUUUUAGCAAGGAAUCUCUGACACACCGAGGUCAGGCUUUGUACAGCCUCCUUACGGAUGUAGCUGAAGGUCUAGCUGGGAUUGCAAUCCUGCAUCGAUGUCUUUCCAGAUUCCAACCCCUUCCAUCAGGCUGGUUCCAAUUCAAUAUCAAAGGUAAAAGCUGGCAUUUAGAUGUGGGUUUAGGAUGCCUACUCUUUCCGUUGGUCAAUCUUCUAUCCCAGAUCAACAUAAGCAUGGUGCCAGCUCUCCCUGCUCCUCCCGUCGGAGUUUCUAGCGUGGAGCAGUCAAUUCUGGCCCGUGAUCCCGUGGCCAUGGUUAUUUAUGCCAUUGUGGUCUCUGUGUGCGCUCCCGUGUGGGAGGAGAUUGUGUUCCGCGGCUUUCUUCUCCCUUCGCUCACCAGGUACAUGCCAUUAUGGGGAUCAAUUUUGGUGAGUGCAGUUGCAUUUGCACUUGCACAUUUUAAUGCUCAGAGACUGCUUCCCUUGGUGUUCCUUGGAGUGGUAAUGGGAGUGGUGUUUGCGAGAUCCAAAAAUUUGCUGCCUCCAAUUCUCUUGCAUAGCCUAUGGAAUGGUUUUGUCUUCUUGGAUCUAAUGAAAUGACAACUUUUUUUUUUGUUUGUAAUAUUAGUGACAAUUGUGGUUUAUUUCAUAUUUAUUUGCCUAGUCCGUAUGAUUAGUAAUGAAAUGGGAAGGCAUCUUUUCAAGGAUCA